AUGGAACGACUCUCGGUGGAUUACGGUAAAAAGGCUAAGCUGGAAUUCAGCGUUUAUCCUGCACCGCAAGUGUCAACUGCGGUCGUGGAGCCAUACAACUCAAUUUUGACGACGCACACCACUCUCGAGCAUUCCGAUUGUGCGUUCAUGGUUGAUAAUGAGGCUAUUUAUGAUAUUUGCCGCAGGAACCUUGAUAUUGAAAGACCAUCAUACACUAAUUUGAAUCGUCUGAUCGGGCAGAUUGUCUCGUCGAUCACUGCAUCGCUACGUUUCGAUGGUGCACUGAAUGUUGACCUCACUGAGUUUCAGACUAAUUUGGUACCCUACCCGCGUAUCCACUUCCCUCUGGCCACUUUCGCACCUGUGAUCUCAGCUGAAAAGGCUUAUCAUGAACAGCUGUCGGUCGCUGAAAUCACUAAUAUGUGCUUCGAACCAAACAAUCAAAUGGUUAAGUGUGAUCCCCGUCACGGCAAGUAUAUGGCUGUGUGUCUGUUGUUCCGAGGUGACGUUGUUCCGAAGGAUGUGAAUGCAGCCAUAGCAACAAUCAAAACCAAGCGCAGCAUACAAUUCGUCGAUUGGUGUCCCACUGGAUUCAAAGUCGGCAUCAACUAUCAACCACCUACUGUGGUUCCUGGUGGAGAUCUGGCUAAGGUUCCUCGCGCAGUGUGCAUGCUCUCGAACACGACAGCGAUUGCAGAAGCAUGGGCACGAUUGGAUCAUAAAUUCGAUUUGAUGUAUGCGAAGAGAGCGUUUGUGCAUUGGUAUGUGGGCGAGGGCAUGGAAGAGGGCGAGUUCUCUGAGGCCAGGGAGGAUUUGGCUGCUCUUGAAAAGGAUUAUGAAGAGGUUGGUGUAGACUCCUUGGAGGAUGCAGGCGAAGAGGGCGAAGAAUAUUAA